CUACUUUAAUCCUUCCUUAACUACCCUUCCUUUAUUCUCUCUUCAGCAGUAUGGGAACAACCAUUCCAUCAACUCAGGCAAGGGCAAUCUUAUUUUCAGGAAGGUCUUAUUGUAAACCAGCACGAAUAUUCCCCAAGCAUGGUCGUUCUGUGUUGUGUGUCCUGGCCCGACCCACUUCUGUUACUUUCACUCAUAAUGAUAGCCAUACUCUUAAGCUCGAUACAAGAAACAAUACUAUAGCCACCACAUCCAAGACUGUUUAUAGAGACAACUGGUUUGAACGUAUUGUCAUUGCUUACCUCUCUAAAGCUGUCCAAGAAACUGCUGGGAUAACAACUGACACACCGGGAUACAAGGGACUCGUGACAGUGUCAACAGCUAUGUUUCGGGAGUUUAGUCAGACUAAACAACGCCAACUUGUUAUUAAUGCUCUUGAGAAAGUUAUUCCUAGCUUUGCACUCUCCAUGGUGAAGAAACUGAUGCCACAAUCAAAGUUUACGAGGGAAUUUUUUGCUAUUUUCACUACCUUAGCCUUUCACUGGCUGGUCGGUCCUAGUGAGGUAAGGGAGUCUGAGUUCGAAGGAAGAAAAGAGAGGAAUGUCGUCCACAUCACAAAAUGCAGGUUUCUGGAGGAAGCUAACUGUAUCGGUAUGUGCACAAACCUCUGCAAGAUGCCAACACAAGAAUUUAUUAGUAAAAAUUUCGGGACUCCGGUCAACAUGGUACCUAAUUUUGAUGAUAUGAGUUGUGAGAUUAUAUUCGGUCAGGAUCCUCCAGCACAAGAAGAUGAUCCGGCAUUUAAGAAACCAUGCUACAAACUAUGUAAUGUAAAACAAAGGCACAGUGAAAGCUGCAUUAGCUAGAUCCUCAAAGGAGACGGUCGAUGUAGGGAUUCAAAAGGGAGAUGUACAUAAUGA